CAGGCAUGGCCGACCCACCGGGGCCCAGCCACCCCCCGCCGCGGCUCGAGUCAGAGUUGUAUUUUCUAAUCGCUAAAUUUCUAGCUAAUGGAUCCUGCCGUAAAUCUGCAGAGAUGCUGAUACAAGAGGUGAAUGAAUUUAAGCUGCUUCCUAAGAGAGUUGACUGGCUAGGAAACGAACAUGCCCAGACCUUUGAUGAAAUGGUUUCUCUUCACAGCCAUGUGGCGCCAGACCACUUACUAGGAAUGUGCCAGCAUCUUGUAUCUGUCCUUGACCAGGAAAGGCCACCAAAUCUACGGAAGACAUAUUCGUUACUAGCGGUCGGCAAGCAUUCUCUAUUGCGUAAAGAAAAAGAUUGCAGGAAUGUCCUGUGGAACCGUAAGACGUUUGCUGCUCUGCACAGAGGAAGACCUCCAGAAAUCCCUCUCACUAUGAAAUGGCCACCAAACACUGUGGAGGUGCACCUUGGAAAACACUUGACGGGUUCUGUUGGCUUUAAUCCAGCCUUUCCUGUGACUAUGUACCAGCAUAUCAAAAUGAAGAAGAGAAUUCUUGGCCAUCUUUCCUCGGUUUACUGUGUUGCCUUUGACCGCACAGGUCAAAGAAUUUUUACGGGCGCUGAUGACUGCUUGCUGAAGAUCUGGUCCUCACUGGAUGGGCGUUUGCUAGCUACUUUACGUGGUCAUUCCGCAGAGAUUUCCGAACUUACUGUGAAUUAUGAGAAUACCCUGAUCGCAACAACAAGCUGUGAAAAACUGAUCAGAGUUUGGUCUCUCAGGACAUGUGCACCUGUUGCUGUACUUCAGGGUCACUCUGUUUGUGUCAACUCAUUGAUUUUCAGUCCCUUUGUCAGAGGCGCUACAAGAUACUUGAUAUCUACUGGAGGCGAUGCAACCGUUUGCUUGUGGCAGUAUGAUGCGGACACAUUGCAGUUUAAUGAUCGUCCUCUGAAGUUUGUUGAAAAAUCUGGGCCCUCAGCCAAAAUACUUUGUUGUUCCUGUAGUGCUGGUGGCAUGUUUUUGGCAGCUGGCGCUAGUGAUCAUGCAAUUAGGAUGUAUUAUUUUGGCCGUGAAACACCUGAGAAGAUGUCUGAGCUUGAAGGCCACUCUGGUAUAAUCGAUAGCAUUCAGUUCUCAAACCACAGUGAAAGGUUUCUGAGUGGCAGCAAAGAUGGUACUGUUAGAAUCUGGUAUCUGCAAAAGCAGGAAUGGAAUAGUCUCUUGCUUGACAUGGCCCAACUGCUGAAUGAAAGCUCUGCUUACGUGGAAGACAGAUGCUCUAAGCCAAAGGUUUUAAUGCUCACAUGGAAUAUCUCAGACAGCCUUGUUGUCACUGCCACCAGUUCUUAUCUGCUGAAGGUCUGGGACUCUCACAGUGGAAAACUGCUGCAUAUUCUGCCGGGUCAUGAAAAUGACAUUUAUGUUCUGGAACCUCAUCCGUUUGAUUACAGGAUCAUGUUAUCUGCAGGAUACGAUGGCAAGAUAUCUAUAUGGGAUGUUACAAAGGGCGUAAGAAUAAAAAGCUAUUUUAAUGCGAUUGAAGGCCAGGGACAUGGGGCCAUUUUGGACUGUAAAUUGUCUGCUGAUGGACAACACAUAGCCAGUACAGAUUCCCAUGGACAUCUGCUGAUAUUUGGAUUUGGUUGCACUAAAAGAUAUGAAAAGAUUCCAGAUCAAAUGUUUUUCCACACUGACUACAGGCCGCUGUGUCGUGAUCAAUAUAACUGGGUCAUAGACGAACAGACGCAGCAGGCUCCUCACCUCAUGCCACCACCGUUUCUCGUCGAUGUAGACGGAAAUCCUCAUCCACCAAAAUAUCAGCGUCUUGUACCUGGGCGUGAAAACUGUGCAGACAAACAUUUGGUUCCUCAGUUGGGAUAUGUUGAAACUAGUAAUGGAGACGUGGUGGAGCAGGUAAUCAGCCAGCAAACAAACUACGAUCAGCAGAACCAAGAUGCAAGUGUUCUUGAUGGUAUGAUAAGAGCAUUACAGCGAUCACAGGAACAGAGGCCAGGUCUGGAGCAAGACCCUGGUGCUAGCAGGCAACCACAAAUGGAGGAAAUGCCAAGAAGAGGAUUUUUCUCUCCUGCUAAUAUUGGGCUACGUCGCAGUGGUCAAGUUGAAGGUAUUCGACAGAUGCACCAGAAUUCCCCACGAAGUCAGAUUGCAACUGAGCGAGAUCUCCUGGCCUGGAAAUGUAGGGUGGUGGUGCCACCAAUACUCUUCCCCGUUUACAAGAAACAGGAAGAAUUUAGAAUUGCCAAGGGAAAUGAAGAGAAAAUAACCUUUACCAAGCAGAGAAAAUAUGAUUUUCAGGACAAGAACUGUGACGUCCCCUGUCGGAGAUAUCGUUCUACGCCACCCAGUCGUACACAGUCAUCCCGCAGAGAAGUGGAAGAGUUUAUAGACUUCUCGUGUGAAGAGGGUGAAGAAACUGAACCUUCUUCCGAAAAUGAAGCAUCUUCGGAGAAUGAGGAGGAGGAGGAGGCGGCAAGUGUUCAUAUACAAUGUUACCCGUUCUUUGCUUGUAAAAUGCAUAUUGCUUAGUGAGCCUUAAAAAAAAAAAAAAGCUGCAAUUCCUCUCCUUGUAAAUUAACUUACUUUGUGUGCACCCUAUAAAAACCAGCAAUACUUUUUGUAAGACAGUGAUUUUAUUAAAGAAUAGCCGGAUAAGGACUUUUAUCAUUUUUACAUUCACUAAAACAUUUUCAUUGAAAACCUGUGCAUACAUUGCUUUACAUGUGUUUUUAAAUGAAGGUGACUGCUUGUGUGCUCUUAGUAAAAGCGUGCAUUUAACUAACUUUGUAUUCAGCUACAAUAUAAAG